AUUUAACAUUUGCGCCUGGACGGCCUGGUACAAUAUCCACUAUUACGCAUUGCGAAAUUGCUAUAAUGUUUUAAUAGAAUUUGAUGAAUCAAAAAUAUUCUCCAUCCGAUGCCGUUUUUUAAAAUCCGCUCACGUCAUUAGCUUUGAUUUUAAUCUAUUGGGAACACAAAUUGAAAACUGGAAAAUCAUGAAACGAGGCCGGAUUGAGCUGGGCGAUGUCACCCCUCACAACAUAAAGCAGUUGAAGCUCCUCAAUCAAGUGGUCUUUCCUGUCAGCUAUAAUGACAAAUUCUAUAAAGAUGUCCUAGAAGCUGGGGAGCUGGCCAAGCUUGCUUACUAUAAUGACGUGGUGGUGGGAGGCGUAUGCUGCCGUAUUGAUGUGAGUGAGGGGCAGCGACGACUCUACAUCAUGACGCUGGGAUGUCUUGCGCCCUACAGACGACUUGGCAUCGGCACCCUCAUGCUCCAACAUGUCCUCAACUAUGUUGAAAAAGAUGCCAACAUUCACUGUAUAUUUUUACACGUGCAAGUAAGCAAUGACGGAGCUCUCGACUUCUACAGGAAUUUCGGCUUUGAAGUUGUUGAAACUAAAGAACAUUACUACAAGAGGAUCGAACCUGCCGAUGCUCAUGUAUUACAAAAAACCAUUAGUAAAUCUUGAAAUUAAU